AUAUUUUUUUUAGAAAUAAGUUAAAGUAUAGUUAUUAUUGCUACUAUUUUCUAACGUAAUGAUAUACAUUAAUUUUACGUGUAUAUUGUUUUCUAAAAAUAAAUAAAGAUAUAGCUACUUGUUUUCGUCGAGUAUUAAUGAUUGAGGAGGUGUGUUAGUGCGGUCGAUAUGCGGGGUUUUAUUUGUUUCACACAUAUCCUCGUAAUAGCUACACGCUUCCAAAAUUUUUUUCGUUGUGUUCAAUCAUCUCAUGCGAAUAAAUCAUGAGGACAAUUAAAAGUUUAUCUCUACGACCCAUAUCCACAGGAUUUACUCUUCGUAACCGGUUAUCUGAACAGAUUCAAGAAAUAACACAAUGUGAUCCACAAAAAAAGCCGACAGUUGAUCCUAUAACGGUGGAGCAUCAUUCCAGAUUAAGUAACAAAUGGUGGAAUGUCAAUGGUGAAUUACGCGCUUUGCAUGCAUUAAACUCUCUAAGAGUGCAAUUUGUUCGUGAUGGUCUAGCAAAUGUGGGAUUCAAAGUGGAAUGUCCUUAUUUACCACUGAAAGGGAUCAAAAUCUUGGACGUUGGCUGUGGUGGAGGGAUAUUGUCGGAACCUUUAGCUAGAAUUGGAGCAGAUGUGACUGGAAUUGAUGCGUCUUCAGAAUUAAUAACAGCUGCAAAAGAGCAUGCUGCCUUGGAUCCCAGUUUAGAUGGAAAAUUGAACUAUAUUGAGACGGUCAUUGAAGAUUUUGCACCAGAUAAUAAAGAAACGUUUAAUGCCAUACUAGCUUCAGAAGUUAUAGAACAUGUAAAUGAUAAAGAAUUAUUUUUAAAGUAUUGUAUAAGUACCGUGAAACCUGGUGGUUCGAUAUUUCUUACAACUAUUAAUAAAACAUUGUCUUCAUGGCUUGGAGGCAUAAUCGCAGCUGAAAAUGUUUUGAAAUUGAUUCCAAAGGGCACUCAUGAUUGGAAUAAAUUCAUCACUCCGGCUGAAAUGCAAUCCUUAUUAGAAACAUAUGGUUGCAAAACAAAAUUAAUUCAUGGAAUGUUUUACAAUCCUUUAAGGAACGAGUGGUUUUGGACAACUUCAACAGCGAUAAAUUACGCGCUUCACGCGGUAAAGAGAAAACUACAGAAAAAAAUGAUAAAGAGGAAAAACAAACGAGGUACGAGCGAUAAGAUAAUAGAACAGUACAUAUAUUAUCAUAACGUGAUAAAACACAAUGCUUUUGCGUUAAUUGUUCCAUAUCCCUGUGCAAUCAUAAUAUUUGUCCCGGUUUUAAAGUCCACGAGCCGAAUAGAAAGAAUGCCUCUAUGCGUUAAUGACGUUAUUAACAUUAAUGCAAUUGUAAAUUAACGCGGCGCACGUUAAAAUAACGCGAAUAAUUGAAAACAGCGUGAGUUCCAACGAUACGAUCCUGAGAGAACGGCCAAUUUGAAUGAUGAUUCAAAUGGCAUGGUACUAAAAGGAAUCAGUUCUCAAGGACUGAUUUCACUCUUUGUCCAGAGCGAAAAAUGCGUUUCGGUGAAACGUCACGCGUUGAUUGAUCAAUUGCAGGACCAGUGGUGAAUCUUGCUCAGGAUAGUCGAUCAGUAUUCAU